AAUUGGGUAAAGAGAACACUUUUCCUGCAAUCAACGGUGGAGUACCUACAUUAUUCAUUUAUUUAUAAAAAAGACGAACUAUGAACACCUCGUUCUACUGACUUUCAUGGUUCCCUAGUUCAUUUACGUAUAAACUAAAGUGAUUAUGCAUGGUUUUGAGCUACUCAGUAUGCAGCAUUAAUAUUUCAAUUAUAGUGUGUAGGGUGAAGUUCACUUUCAAGGAUUAUUUGUUCCGGACACAGUCUAUUGAAAGUGUUACAGAUGGUGUUAAACAAAAUAAUAAAGUUCCUCUUCCCACUCAAGAUAGACCAAUCAUCCUUAGGCUUUAAAUACCCAACCCACAGAAACACCCCAUCACAGUCGGCCGCAACGUGGUUAGCGGGUAAGAGAGAAGACGACAAUGCAGAAGGCUUGUGGAGGGUCCACGACAACCUCUACGACUUGAACGAGUUCGUCAAAGAUCAUCCCGGCGGAUCUACAUGGCUCGAAUUGACAAAGGGAACUGAUGUCACCGAACUCUUCGAAACUCAUCACCUUAGCGACAUCGCCGAAAAGCUGCUACCGGAAUACUUCGUACGGAAAUCGACCACGCCGAGAAAUUCGCCCUUCACAUUUAAGGAUGGGGAUUUUUACAAGACGUUGAAGAAUAGAGUGGUGGAGAUCUACCCUAGUCUGUCCAAGUGGCCGAUACGUAGAUCGAAGCUGAUCGCUGACUGUUUGCUGGCCUUGUAUCUCACGUUGACCUUCGUUGCAACUGUGACCUUCAAUUUUAAGCUGGGUUUAGUUGCAGGGCUUGUUUUGUACCUGACGACAGUGGCCUCUCACAACUUUUUCCACCAGCGAGAUAACUUUAGGAUGUACUACUUUGAUUUCAGUCUAAUGUCAUCAAGGAAGUGGAGGGUGAGCCAUUCAAUGAGUCACCACAUGUACACCAAUACAAUCCGCGACCUGGAAAUAAUUCAACUAGAGCCUUACUUGCAGUUGUUGCCCAACAAGAAAGUCUGGUUUGUUCGCUAUAUGUCUUGGGCGUACUCGCCGAUUUUUUACGGUGCACUUUUCUUCGGGGCGUGGAGCAGGGACACACUGGAGGUGAUUCAAGGAAAGGAUGGGUUUUCCAUGGCACGGAUACUACCGCUCCUUCCACCGUUCGCGAUUUACAUGCUUACAGGAACUUCACCAGUGAGAAUAAUAGUAAUGUGCUUGUGGAUACUGCUGGUUGGUAGUUUCAGCUUUGGGGUGGUAGGUAUAAACGCCGCACAUCACCACCCGGACAUCUUCCACGACGGGGACACGCCUCGGGCCAAAGACGAUAUGGACUGGGGCGUUUUUCAAGUGGACGCCGUGAUGGACCGCAACGAAAUUACCGGUUCGCAUUUUUUGGUGUUGACCCACUUCGGCGAUCACGCGCUUCAUCACCUCUUUCCCACAUUGGAUCAUGGAAUGUUACAGUUCUUGUAUCCCGUUUUUAAAGAAACAUGCGAACAGUUUGGGGUUAAAUUUCGAAUGACCUCCCAACUUGACUUGAUUUGCGGGCAGUUUCGACAAUUAGCUCGCGUUAAGCGUAACGCAAUUCCUCCAUCUUUAGGGGGCAAAGAUAGAUAGACACACAAAUUGAUAGGGGUACGUUACUCUACACACACUGGGCGUUUCAGUUGUCGUUCACGGUAACCAAAUUCAAAAUUUUUGAUAGUGAUACCUACAGUAUUAUUUGACUAUUGAUUUCCCCCUUUAACCAUUGGAAUUGCAUGGUUCAAUGCUAAUAACUUGGGAUCGGAUUAGUUUAGAAAGCUGAGGUUAGAUAUUUUAUAUAAAUAAAGAUGAUGUUGAGAUUUUUUUAAAAUAAUGAAUAAAUAAAAUUGUUACAA